AUGUUUUCCACGUAUAUUAAAUUGAGAACCAGAGUUGGUAAUGGUGGAGCAUCAGAUGAGAGACAAUGGCACCAAGGUUCAAUGGCUUCUCCAAUAUUUCUAUCGAAUCCUAGCCCUGGGUUCUCUCACAUUUCUAUAGUGAAGGGUAUACUAAUUGCAUUGUCGGGGAUUUUCUUUCAACGUCAUGUCCUUUGGAGAGAUCUUAAAAUUAGAGAGUUCUUUGUCACCACUGUACUCAUCUCGUUGCUGGUUCGACUUGUAAUUGAGAUCCCCCACUUGCUCGGAGCCAUUGUUACGAGACUCCUGAGAUUAAUCAACAUAGACGUCGAUUUCUCUCUUAUUCUUACAACGAUAACUGAUGAUAUCUUGGAGCUCAGAUGGUUGGCCUUGGUUGCGGUUUAUUGCUAUAUGUACGAUUCGUUUGAGUACCUAUUCAUGACGGGGUUGAAGAAGUUGGAUGCAGAGUCUCAAAGUGAGCCCCCUUAUUCUGAAUACCUCCUAAGAGCUCAUACAAUCGAUAUACACACUACGGUUCCCUCAUGGUUUCCAAAAGUUGAUGUAACACUGGCCCAAAAGAGAUUUCUUGUACAGCUACUUCGCUCGUAUGCAUUGAUUUGCUUGAACACAGCAAUGCUGAUGGGAAUCACCAAAUUCGGGCCCCUGGGUAUUGUUCUUACCGCUCUAUACAUAUCGAAGUGGUUCAGUCACAUGAUUGGAUCCCAAUUGACAUUCGUACUCUUCUUGGUGGGGUUGGUUGUGCCAACUGAUUUCACAAUCAAGAGCUUUGCGUCUGUGAACCUGUCACUGUUGACGGUGAAAUCUCUAUUGACCAUGCCAUAUUUCCAGAAAAUAAGACUCUCUGAUGUUAAGAUUGAGAACUGGAUAGAAUCAAGAAUAGGGUUGAUAGUGGGAUUUGGUCUUUUCUUCCAUCUAGCAUCACGUCAUUUCAACAUGUUGGGUUUGACAAUCGUUUUGCUUGAGCAACUAGCACUUUCAUACAUGAUCUUUAAAACCACAAGCCCAGUACAGGAGAUUACUGAUGAGAAGUGGAUAUUAACACAGAUAUCAUGUCCUUUCUUGUUUGAAGGAUUGCAAGUAACCACUCUCACACCAGGAUUCGUACUGAUCAAGGAAUCAUUACGAUAUGACCAAGAGACACCAUCGGAAACUCCAUCAAAGUUCUCGACGCCGUUACCGUCAUCAACCAAUUUACAAAACCUUUCUGAGCAUUAA